CCAAUUUUAUAAAGAAUUUGUAUACAUCAGGUGAUGUCAACUGUAUACCAUGAGAUAUUUCUGCUUCCUUGUACAAUGAUCGGUUCCUGAUUUCCUAUAUCAUAAAUUAUGUAAAAAACAAAAAAUUCUAUUAAUUUAUACAAUAAAUAUUAGUAUCAAAUGAAGUAAAUACAUAUUUUUUUACGUAACAUAACAUUGGAUGAUAGCACAAAAUAACUGCAUGAUCAUUACUAGUCGGAAAUUGUACGAAAAUUAGUUCUCUGUUAAAUGAUACUAUUGCAACAUACUCUAUAUACACGUGUAAAAAAUACAAACUCGUAUGCCCGCAUGUGUAGGUAUACGUAUAUAGGUAUAUACACGUAUGAUUCAACAGACAAGCGUGAAGUAUUCAAACAGCCAUUCAUCGCUAUAGAAUUUCAGUUGCGUUUUGAAAUCACACCGGUUAACUUGCUUGAUUGUUCAUCAUCCGCGUGUUCAGUAUUGUUAAUAAUUUGUAAAACUUUAUUAAUACUUAACGUAUAAUAAAAUGAUAAGCAAUACUGAAUUAAAUAUGAACACGUACAUGUUUCCUAUGCGUGUUUUAACCAAAUGUAAAAUAAAACAAUUAAAAUCAGUUUAGUGUGACAGUUGUUCAAGUAUGAAAAGAUUACUGGUAUCUUUGAUAAAUUUUUAUUGAAUUCAAUCAACAUGUUUAGUCCGCAACGAGUGAUGAGACAAAUCUCUGAAAUCUCUUAUGUAGGAGGUUUCAAACUAAUAAGGAUGUCUACUACUCAAGAUGGGGAAUCGGGUAUAACAAUACCAUUACAAUAUAAUAACUCUCAUUGGAAGUCUAUAUUUGAAAAAUAUGAUCUUGACGGUGAUGGGAAAAUUUCUUACCAAGAAUUAAGAGCAAUGAUACGAAGUUCUGCUUAUUCUAAUGAUAUUCCAACCAGAGUUGUUCAUCUAAUAAUGCGUAAGGCAGAUUUAGAUGAUUCUGGAUAUUUAGAUUAUCCAGAAUUUAUAGCUAUGAUUCACAGGAAAGAUAUGCAAGGUGUUUUUGGACAUCUUGUACAACGAUAUGUACAAUCAAUGGUACCACAAAGACCUAGUACUUUACAUUUAACACGUUCCAGUGAUUUUCCUGAUGGACAGUAUGAAGAAGAAUAUACUUGUAACCCUCCAGCUCUAGCCAUGAUAAUUAUAUCAAUAUUAGAAAUUGUUUUAUUUUUGUACGAUGUGAUCGUAUACAGAACGCCUUCCGUGGAAGGACCAGCAGCUACAUUAUUUAUUUAUAAUCCACACAAAAGGUAUCAAGCAUGGAGGUAUAUAACAUACAUGUUUGUACAUGUAGGGGUAUUUCAUCUAGUGGUAAACUUACUUGUACAGAUAAUGUUGGGUAUUCCAUUAGAAAUGGUGCACAAAUGGUGGAGAGUACUAAUCAUAUAUCUAGCAGGAGUGGUGGCAGGAUCUCUUGGUACAUCCGUGUCUGACCCUAGAGUGUACUUGGCGGGUGCAUCGGGUGGUGUAUAUGCAUUAAUAACUGCUCAUGUUGCAACUAUUUUAAUGAACUGGUCUCAGAUGGAGUUCGCCGUUUUGCAAUUGUUAGUAUUUCUUGUUGUAACGUCCGCUGACAUUGGUCAAGCAAUAUAUAACCGUUAUGUAUUAGCAACCGACGACCAAGUUGGAUAUGUCGCACAUUUUGCUGGUGCUAUUGCAGGCCUACUUGUUGGCAUAAAUGUACUUCGUAAUCUUGAAGUGAAAACCUGGGAAAAAGUUGUUUGGUGGGCCAGUAUUAUUACUUACACUGCACUCAUGACAGCUGCCAUUUUCUGGAAUAUUUUAUACACUUCUCAUUACGAGUAGUUAUUAGUAUUACCUUUCAUAUAUUUAUUUUUGGUGUUUUCUUUUUUUUUUUACUGUAAAUAGAGUUUAUGAUCUUGCCAUGAUACGAGCAAAAAUGGAUAGAAAUUUUGUCAUAAAAAUAGUUGAAGAAACAUAACAAAUUAACGUAUUACAUAUUUGAAUGAACAGAUUACAUAUUUUUUAAAUGUAUUUAUAUACAACUGCAUUUAAUACGCACAAUCGUUUAGACGAAUUAGAUAUCUGUGAUAAAAAAUGCCUUGACAAUAGACACUGUUAAUUAAGAACUAUUUUGUUAGAAAUAAUUUGUUAAUAACUCUUCAAAAGUUGUAUGAAAAAAACCAAUGAAGAAUGACAAAUUUUAAAUUGGAGAAACAUUGUGGUUAUUGUGGUAUUAAUACUGCAAUAUUUUGAACAUCUUUACGCACAACCGAGUAAUUUUCUUAUUACUCAUAGUAUUUAACUUUGAACAAUUUUUACUACUAUGAUAAAUUUUAAGUAUUAUUGAUAUGAGAUGAAUUAUCAAGAAUUUUUACGUAAUAAGUUACUACAUUUCAUUGUAUCAUGUAUUUAUAAUUCACGAUGUCAUGUACCUGAUUCGUAAAUUACUAAUGAGUUGCAAAAAUAAUUUGAUUAUAAUGUAUAAGGCCCAGAUGUUGUCCUUUUGUAUAUUGUAACGUUGAAACAACUUAAAAUCAAACAAUAACAAACAAUAAUAUUAUAAGAAUGCGUUGUGUGUUUUUACAGUGUUGAAAAAAUCCUCAAGUACAUUAUAAAAAGAAAAUAUUUUUUAAAUAUUAAAAUGAACUGCUAGUUUAAGAAGUAUUGUAAAAGACGAACACUGAAGUGAGUGUAUUGCUUCAGAAAGAUGUUACACACUAGGUGUACUGAGACGAUCUCAAGAGACAGGGUAGUUUGUGCAUAAAUAAAAAGGAAACGUAAUUACAACGAACCGUGUUGAACAAUAGAUGAAUAAAGAACCUCAUUUAAAGAA